UGCUAACAUCAUAGGGGUAUAUCACACACGCCAAGAUUAUUUUAUAAACAUUUUCAAUGUUUAAUAUGAUCAUUGCCAGAAAGAAAUGACGGAAACUUUCGAACAAUAAUUAUGUUUUACAAAAUUGUGUUCCCUUUAUUAACUGUUUUAUCGAUAUUUAUUGGUCAAAAUGUCAUUACUGGAUCAUUGCAAGGAGAAGAGGUAUAUCAAUGGGCUAAUGCGAUUGGUAGAGAUUUGUGGAACUUAGGACGUGCAAUAACACGAUAUUCUGAAAUUGAGAAAAAAUAUACAUUUUUAAAUGCUAAAGUACAAAAGAAAGAUCCGGUUGCAUUGAUGUCUGAAAUAAACGCCAAUAUGUCAAUUAUGAUCAAUAGAAAAAUACGAGCCAUAAAGAAAAUUCAAGAAAUGGCCGAGAAAACUGCAGAAUCGUUUGAGCCAAAAGAAAAUUUUACCUAUUAUAGCUCAAGAUAUUCUCCAAUAAGGAACGAAUCAUUUAAGGCCCAAUUUCCAAUUUUCUUAAAAAACAAGUAUUUGUAUAAAUCCAUGACACUAGACAACGAUACUCACUUUUACAAUGUUCCCGUAAAUACGGAUUACAGCUCAGUCCAUGUUCCAAUGUAUGUGUAUGAUAGAGAUCCAAAUGUAUCAUACACUAUACAGUGGUCAGAAAAAUUGGACGUAGUUUUCAGAAACAACUACUUCAUCGAUCCUGCAUUGUCAUGGCAAUAUUUUGGAAGCAUGAUGGGAAUUAUGAGGCACUAUCCAGCACAAAAAUGGGAAGAUAAUAAAAGUAAGGAAAUACUGACGUUUGACUGUAGAAUUCGAACAUGGUUUAUAGAGGCCGCCACAUGUACAAAAGAUAUUGUUAUUUUAAUAGAUAACUCAGGAUCAAUGAGAGGUAUGCCUCACCACAUCGGUUCCUUAACAGCAUUCACUAUUUUGGAUACGCUGUCAAACAAUGACUAUGUCAAUAUAUUGAAUUAUACUCUAACAACAAAUUAUACGAUUCCCUGUUUUGAGAACAUGUUAGUUCAAGCUACAGAAGAAAAUAUACGUGUAUUUAAAUCAGCUGUGGAGAAACUACAACCUGAAGGAAAGACUCAAGUUACUCAAGCUUUAGAAGCUGCUUUUCAGUUACUGGCAUUAUAUCGCGAAAAAAGAAAUUGCGUUGAUGAAAACAGUAAUUGUAAUCAAGCAAUCAUGAUUAUAACUGAUGGAAUAAAUGAAGACAUUACUGAUAUAGUGACAAAAUACAAUCAUUUAAACAAUGGUUCAAAUAUACCGGUAAGAAUUUUUGGUUAUCUAGUUGGAAUGGAAGUAACAAAUCCUCAAGAAAUGAAAGACACGUGCUGUGAAAAUAGAGGUUAUUAUACACCAGUUCGUAGCUUAGAACAAGUGACUGUUUCUGUUCUACAAUAUGUUAGUGUUAUUGCCAGACCAAUGGUGUUACAAGCAGAAGAUCACCCUGUGUCUUGGACACAUGCAUAUGCAGAUGUAACUUAUGACGAUAAAAAAGACAACACUGUGGAAGAACCUUAUAGGCUAUUAACAUCAGUAGCGAUACCAUGCUACGAUACAAGAAUUAAUAAAAUGAACGAUACCACAACAGCAUAUCUAUUAGGUGUAGCAGCUACAGAUGUACCAAUUGAUGAGUUUGAGAGAAUCACGGUACCUUAUAAGAUAGGGGUCAAUGGAUAUGCCUUUAUUGUGAGCAAUAAUGGUUACCUUCUUAUGCAUCCUGAUUUAAGACCUAUGUAUGCAGGGAUAUUGAAAUUCAACUACAAUAGUGUAGACUUAACGCAAGUAGAACACCAUGUGGAUGAUAAUGAACACCCCCCACCUAGAAAAAUUACAGAUAGCGUUCUACAAUUGAGACAGUAUUUGGUUGACGGUAAAAAUGGUAGUAUAUCCAAUAUAACGUUGAGGUAUCAUUAUGAUAAUAUGAGGAGAGUCUUUCAAGCAAAAUAUGACUACUAUUUCAGUCCUAUAGAAAAAACACCAUUCACUUUAGGCAUAGCAUUGCCUCAUGGAUAUGGAAUGUAUUCUCUAGAUGUGGGAGAUCAAAUUAUGAGGAAUAAACAUACUGGCGAAAAUUUAACUUCAUUUUUCACUGGUAAAUGGAAAGUGAAUCGAAAAUGGGUAUACUGUAAAUACCAUUAUUUAGAAGGUCACGAAUUUUCAUCACCAGAGGAAGAAUUACUGCACUUUUUAAAUAAAAUGUAUGGAGAUUUUGAAUGGAAAAGUCAAUAUGAAGAUGAAGAAUCGAAGCUUGAGCGAGACUCCUACUAUUGUGAUAUGCAUUUAGUGCAGAGAUUGAUAUUCGAUGCAAGAAUAACUCAUGAAAGUUUUGGUGAAAAGCUGACAUUGCAGCCAAGAGAACUUCCUUUAUUUCAAAAGUAUAAUGCUUCACUCAGAUUUGUUGCUACUCAAAGUGGUUUAACUAGGUGGGAUGAUAUUUUCGAUGAAGUGGAAGAUAAAAAUUUUAAACCAGCAAAUAAAUCAUUUGGAGAUCUGCAUCCUUUGGCGAUAAAUGAAAAAUGGUACAAAAAUGCAGUGAUUCAGCGUCAGUAUGACGAUUCAUUCGUUUAUUCAGUGCCUUUUGAUGUCGAUCCCAAAGAUGCGAAUGUAUUAAUAACAGCAAGUUUCGCAAUAUUUCCAUCCGAGAAUGGUCAUGAAACUCCAGGAUCAGUAGUUGGCUUUCAAUUUUCCCAACGGAAGCUGAAAGUAAAAUUCAAUGAAGUAUCUAGCAAAUUAUCGAACCAAUGUUGGCAUUGCAGCAGAUGUAAUGAUACCUUAGACUGUUACAUAGUGGACAGUUCUGGUUACAUUAUAGUUGCAGAGAAUGAUGAGUUCACAGGAUCAUAUUUUGGAGAACGUGAAAGUGAUAUUAUGGGAUCCAUGAUUAGGGUUGGAAUAUUUAAAGAAGCUGCUAUGUACGAUUAUCAAGCACUUUGCAAGAAACCUGACAAACCAGCUUCAGCUGCCGCCAAUAAUAUCACACCCUUGGGAUACAUUCAAUCAAUUUUUAAUUGGUUUUUAUGGGAAGUUUUAUAUGCUAUAAUGGCUAUAAAUUUCAGUGAUCUUCAGAAAGUAUUAGUUUAUGCUGAUGAUUUGACUACCAACGACACUGAUGAAAUUCAAGACUACGAGAAUCCACAGUUCGAUAAUACCGCAGAUCGUUAUUUUGCAUGCGAAACUGAAUUGAAUUUAGUUAUAUUGCAACAAGAAAUUUUUUUGAGCAAUUUUCAUGGUGAAAUUAGCAACGAAGGAGGAAGAAAUUAUUAUGUGAAAAGAAUACCAAAAAGUAAUUUAAUUUUUGUGGCAAUAAAUACUAGUAUACCAAAAAGUGAAGGGGAAUCGUACUCUACGAAACCUAGGCGCAUAACAGAAGAAGCCAAUUUUGAAUACGAUUUCAUUAAUACGACGUUACUUCCAUGUCAAAAAUUGAACCUCAACAAUCUGUCUAGAAGAAGAUUAACUGGAUGCUAUAACAACCACCCUUUGGAAAAAGAAAUAGUAGACUGUGGAAGAGGAGUAAUAAUGAAAGUAUCAGCUAUUUCCUUAUUGUCAAGUAUUUUUCUUCGAAUCCUGUAAAUUCAAUUGUAAUAAAUAAAUAUUAAAUUUUAAAA